UAUUUUACUGAUACGAAAAUAAAUAUUGUUGAUUGGAGUCAUAAAAAUUUAACAUCUAUCUGUGUUAAUUGUUUAACAGUGCAAAGUAGCACAUUAAAUACUUAGUAAAAACAACAAGAAACCGAAGGGACAUUUUCGAUUUCGAGUUUCGAGGUGGUAAGUGGUGGAGAGUAAGAAGAGACCACGAAGAGACAGUAAAAAUGAGUAAGAAACCGAUAUCUUUUGGCAAGAUCAGCUUCAACUUUACCAAAGGUAGCUUGGACGAGAACAAGGAUGAAUCUGCGUCGGGCUUCGGUACGUUUGGUCGCACUCCUAUCCAAGAACACAAAGAUAUAGAGGAAAUCGCAGAAGACUUGGAGAGCCAACAUGUUCACCAAGUAAUGGGCAUUAAAAACUUCGGCAAGAAAGCGAAGAAUUUUAAUUUAGAAGAAAUGAUGGAGCAAGCCAGGAAGACUGCGCAGGAAGCGAAUAAAUUAAAAAUGGAACAGCUAUCAACAGAAAAAAGUGCAGAUAAAAAUGUCAACACAAUGGGACCCCAGCCUACCCAAUCGACACAGAAGAAUGACAGUAAUGAUGAAUCAAGUGAUGAUGACGACUUGAUAGGACCAGCAAUACCAUCCAGUUUAUUAGCCAAAGAUCCUGACAAAGUCAAUAGUGGUGAUGAAGGUAAAAAUGAUACCACAAAGGGUGAAGAAGACAGUUAUGAUGAAUUGAGCGGGUCGGAUGAUGAUGAGUUGAGUUUGGAAAAACGAAUACCAAACACCCAUGAGGUCGAAAUGCGUCAUGGUACAAAAGCAGUAGUGGCUGUUGCGGUGGAUCCGUCCGGUGCACGGCUGGCAACUGGAUCUGUGGACUAUGAUGUGUCCUUCUGGGACUUUGCAGGUAUGGACUCAUCAAUGCGAUCUUUCCGAACCCUCCAACCUUGCGAGAACCAUCCCAUCAAGGCUCUGCAGUACUCGGCGACCGGGGACUCCAUAUUAGUAGUGAGUGGAUCAGCGCAGGCCAAGGUUCUGGACAGAGAUGGGUUUGAGGUGCUGGAAUGUGUUAAAGGAGAUCAGUAUAUCGCUGAUAUGGCGAGAACUAAAGGCCACACCGCGACAUUGAACAGCGGUUGCUGGCAUCCUCACAUACGCGAAGAGUUCAUGACGUGUUCCCAAGAUGGCACCCUACGGCUCUGGCUCACAGAAUCCCCCAAACAACACAAAAACGUCAUCAAGCCCCGACAACAAGGAGGCUUGAAGACCAACCCCACUUCAUGUGCAUUUUCGAGAGAUGGCAACACUGUAGCGUGCGGCUGCUACGAUGGAUCCAUCCAAAUGUGGGACCAUAGAAAGAACUUUGUCAACACCACCGUAAUACUACGAGAUGCUCAUCAAAAACAGAACGAAAUGUCAUGUAUCUCUUUCUCAUAUAUGGGAUCUAGUUUGGUCAGUAGAAGCAACGACGACACCAUGAAGAUCUGGGAUUUGAGGAACUUCAAAAAACCAUUGAACACAUUCGGCAAUCUAUUCUCUAGAUACGAGCAAACUGAUUGCAGUUUCAGUCCAGACGAUUCUAUGGUUUUCACCGGAGAGUCGUUAGACAGGAAUCAAGAUGUGGGUAGAUUGAGAUUUUACAAUUCCAAAACUUUUGAGGAAGUGUUGAAUUUAGAUAUAACAAAAUCCCAUGUGAUCAAAGCGGUGUGGCACGCUAAACUGAAUCAGAUUUUCGUGGGAUGCGGCAACGGUAUAGUGAAAUGUUACUAUGACAACAAGAGAAGUUUGCGCGGCGCUAAACUCUGUAUAGUCAAAACCAACAGGAAGAAGCAGUCGAUGGAAGUUGUCAGUUCUCAACAAAUAAUUACUCCGCACGCUCUGCCACUCUUCAGGCAGGAGAAGUUGAGGACUAGUAAGAAGAAAAUGGAGAAAGACAGACUGGACCCCAUGAAGUCGAGGCGACCAGACUUGCCCAUCACUUCAGGUCAGGGUGGUCGAGUUGCAGCAUCUGGAAGCACAUUGAGUUCCUUUGUGAUUAGAAAUCUCGGUUUAAGCAAAAGGGUAGACGACGACCAAGAUCCCAGGGAGGCCAUAUUGAAAUAUGCGAAGGAAGCCGAAGAAAAUCCCUUCUGGGUUGCACCAGCUUACAAGAAGACCCAACCAAAGGCUAUAUUUCAGGAAAGUGAUGAUGGACCCUCAGAUGCCAAGAAACCAAAAACCGAUAGCUGAGAUACAAAAAAAAAAUUUGAAAUAAACGAGCUGACGCCUCGCGGUUUAACCCGUGUGGUUGCCGUUCCCGUAGGAAUAUGGGGAUAAUAUAUAGCCUUCCAUGAUAAAUGGGCUAUCUAACACUGAAAUAAUUUUUCAAAUCGUACUAGUAGUUCCUGAAAUUAGCGCGUUCAAUCAAACAAACUCUUC